AGUUCAGAUACUAUUUUGUAAUUGAUUAAAGAAGUAAAUUUUAAUUUCUUAUCAUACCUGACGUUAUUUUUCAAUCGAAUGUUGUCCAUAAUAUCCAAUCUAAAAACGUUCGUCAAUCGUGGAACACUAAGCAAUCAAAUCAUUAAUCGGCAAACGUUUGACAAUUGUAUAACGUUUCAUUCCGCGAUUUGUAUCUUACUAAUGAAGAGAAUACGAUCAACAUCAAAGAUACAUUCUGCCGAAAAAAAAAAUGAUGAAUUUAAUAAAGAUGAAUUGGAAAAUAACUUAAAGGAUACUGAACAUCAUUCUUUGGUCAAAAAUAAAAAUUUACAAAAUCAUAAAAUAACUAAUGUAGCAGGAAUAUUAAAUUCUUCAUCAAAAGAUGUUCAAAAUCAUGAGCAGAAUGAAAAAAAUAAGCUUAAUUUAAAAAGUUUAAGAGAUAGAAAAAAGAAAGUUAAUGAAGAAUAUGAAUUAAAUAUACCUCUUCCAAAAAAUAAAGCAAGAGCAGUAGUGGAUCUUAAAAUGAUGAAAGAAGAAUUAAAACAAUUAGAAGAUCCUCCAUUGACUGUAUGGGAAAAAGAAAUAUGUUCAAAUAGACUACCAUAUUCAUUUUUUGAUUGUCCCUGUGAAGAAUUAGCUCAAAGUUUAUUAGGAAAAAUAUUAGUUCGUUGUUUAGAAAAUGGAACUAUUUUAAAAGGUAGAAUUGUUGAAACAGAAGGAUAUUUAGGAGUAAUUGAUAAAGCAUCUCAUACAUAUCAAAAUAAAGUUACUCCUCGUAAUAUACCAAUGUAUAUGCCACCAGGUACCAUAUAUGUAUAUAUGACAUAUGGAAUGUAUCAUUGUUUCAACAUAUCUAGCCAAGAGUCAGGAGCACAUGUAUUAAUUAAAGCAGUUGAACCUAUGCUUGGCCUUGAUUAUAUGGAAUUACUAAGAAAUAUGCAAUCAGAAAAAAAUAAAAAAGAAAAGAAAAUUGUAAAAAAUGUCAGAAGCUUUAAAAGAUAUGAACUUUGUAACAGUCCAACUAAAAUUUGUACAGCUUUUGUUAUUGAUGAAGAUAGCUUCAAUCAAAAAAAGAUUUAUGAAUGUAGUGAUUUAUGGAUAGAAUGUGAUCCUCAUAUAAAGUCAACUACUAUUGUAGCAGCAAAUUCUGAUGAUUCAAAUAAUGAACAAAAAAUGUGGAGAUAUUAUGUAUUAGGAAGUUCUAGUGUUAGUCAUAGAGAUAUUAAAUGUGAAGAACAUGCUUAUAAUAUAUAAUAAUUAAAAAAUAUAAUUAAAUAUAAUUAUUUUAAUGAUUUUCAUUUUAAUAUUUAAUUCUUUUCCAUAAGAAAAAUCUGGUAAGAUUUUAGGUGAAGGGUGUGCUGUUUUAAUAAGAGCUGUUGAACCCUUAGAAGGUAUUGAAUACAUGACUAAUCAACGAACUUCAAAGGGAUUAUCAAAUACAUCUAAAAAACUUUCAAAAGUUUUAAAAACAUAUGAAUUAUGUAAUGGCCCAUCAAAGUUAUGUAUAGCCUUUCAACUUCAUAAAAAUCAUAGUAAAUAUUCCUUAUGCUCUUGGAAAAGUUUGUGGAUUGAAAGUGAUACAAUAGAAGAAAUCAACAUUGUCAAAUGUCGUAGAAUAGGUAUAGAUAAUUAUGGAGAAGAAUGGACAAAUAAACCUCUACGAUAUUAUAUUUAUGGGAAUAAAGCUGUGAGUAAGAGAAAUAAAGAAGCAGAAUUAUAUUUGGGAUUAAAUUAAAAAAUUAUUAUUAUCUAUUAUUUUGAUCAUAUUUAAAUUAAUAUUUUUUAAUGUGAUUUAGUGUUUUAAAAAUUUAUAUUUUGAAUGUACACACUUAAUAAUAUACUCAAAAUUAAUUUUAAGUUACAAAUAAUUAUAAUGCAUGUAUGAAAUAAAUAAUCUUUAAGUAUGAAUAAAGUAUAAUAUAUACUGAAUAAAUACAUUUAUACAAUGUAGAAA